AUGUUCAUGUCAUGGAACUCGUUGAUCAGUGGAAUGGUGUCUGCCUGCUCCAGUAUGAAAGGACUGUGCCUUAUGGUUUACUAUGAACGACUUGUACAACGACCAUCUGAUGAGGCCCGUCGAGUACUGCAUUUUCUUGACGUGCCGUGGUCUGACGAUAUUUUGAAUCAUCAGGACAAAAUCGGUGACAAAAUCCGCCUAAAUCCAAAUGAGUUUUCUACCUCGCAAGUAAAAGAAAAAGUUAACGAUAAGGCAUUAACGUCAUGGUUCGGUUGCUACACCAGCGAUUUCCUCAAGAAAAUUGAUAAACUCGCUCCUAUGCUUCGAAAGCUUGGGUACGACACACGAUCAGAUCAACCUGACUACUCUGUAUUUCGCGAGAGACGAUUUUUAUGA